GACGGGGAACGGUCUGGGGCCGCCGCCUGCUGACAUCAUCACAGACCACAGCCGGCGCCCUCUUAGCCCUUUAUCGUUUGCGAAGCGCUUCAUUUACAUGAUUUAAACUCAACAUGUUGACUGAGGCUUUGCUAGUCUCAGCGCCUGGGAAGGUCAUCCUUCAUGGGGAGCAUGCCGUGGUCCAUGGCAAGGUUGCGCUGGCUGAAGCCUUGAAUUUGAGAACAUUCCUGCAAAUAAAGCCCCACAAAGAUGGGAAGGUCAGCCUCAGCUUGCCAAACUUGGGGACCAAAAGGGACUGGGACGUGUCCAAACUCCAGCUGCUGCAUGCAGCCUUCCUAGACUCGGGGGAGCCCACAGCUCCAACGCCAGAGCAAGUGGAAAAGCUGAAGGUGUUUGCGGGCUUCCCGACGGACUCCUCCGACAGCGAGUGCCUGGCGGUGCUGGCCUUUCUGUACCUGUACUUGUUUAUUUGCCGGAAGCAGAGGCACUUGCCCGGCUUGGACAUCGUAGUGUGGUCGGAGCUGCCCCCGGGGGCGGGCCUCGGCUCCAGCGCCGCCUACUCGGUCUGCCUGGCGGCCGCCCUGCUCACCUUCUGUGAAGAGAUCCCGAGUCAUCUGAGGGAAGGUGCUGCCAGCGCCCGGUGGACCGAGGAGGAGCUGAGUUUGAUUAACAGAUGGGCCUUUCUGGGCGAGAAGGUCAUUCACGGGAACCCUUCCGGGGUGGACAACUCCAUCAGCACUUGGGGCGGAGCGCUUCGGUUCCAGAGAGGGAACAUUUCACCUUUACAGAGGAUCCCCGUCUUGAGGAUUCUCCUGACCAACACCAGAGUGCCCCGGAGCACCAAGGCCCUGGUGGCGGGCGUCAAGGACAAGCUGGUGAAGCUCCCGGAGGUCAUGGAGCCGCUGCUGGCUUCCAUGGAUGCCAUUUCCCAGGAGUGUGAGCGCGUGCUGGGCGCCAUGGCGGCGGCCCCGGCCCUGGAGCAGUACCUGGUGCUGGAAGACCCCGAUGGAGACCCCCAUCGGUCGCCCCUGGGUGUGUCUCUGCCCUCACACCAGCGAGCCGUCCUCCCGUGUCACGAGCUGUCGUCGGACUCCCCAUGGCCUUGGGGCCGGGCUGUGACGGGUGUCCGGGGUCGGCCGAGACAAGGCUGCGCCUGCACUGUGGCGGAGCGGCGGUGGGGAGGGUCGGGUCUGGGACGCCCCUGCUGCCGGUGGGCUUGUGUCCUCUGCCCCCCGGGGCUCGCAUCCCUCCCCUCGGGCCGCCCUCCCCUGCCCUCGUCUGGCGCGUGUGCUGGCGGGGCCGUCGGCCGGGGCUGGGGGGGCCGUGAGCCUCCGCGCCACUGGCAGGUGUUGAGACGAGCGAGCCCGAGAUGUCGCAGUGAUUGGCACCCCCGGCGGUGCAGGGAGCUCCGUGGAGCCAAGCGUGUCGGGCCCGGCGCCGGGAAACGGCUCGCGCUUGUCAGAAGUCGGGGAGAGGCUUCUCAUGUUGGCGUUCUUGGAAACGAGCAGCUCGGCAUGUUGGGAAAGCGGAGGAGAGCUCCCUGAUCGCAGCCCUUCCUGCGGGGCCUGGUCUCCCAAGGGCUCAGCAGGAGAGGCAGGAGGGUCCCUGGGCCCGGAUGUCAUGGCUGGGGCGGCCUCAGAGACCACGCCACUUUGACAAAUAGGGAAACUGAGGCAAGAAGGCUCGGUAAUGACAAGAUUAGCAAAGGCAAAGCCCCGUCCCUCCCACAGCCCCUGGGAAGGUGCGCCUCCUGUGUCAUUAGUAACUGCUUGGGGUCUGAAGGCCCCAGGUUUGCCCCGGCCCCAGCUUCGGUCAGCAGUGGCCUCUGUCCGUGGUAAAUGGCCUCCCUCAAUCCUUGGGGGUGACCAGUGUUCCUGAAGGCCCCCCAUUGGUAGGCAGGAACAAGAUGCCCCCUCCCUCCCCCCCCAGGUCCCAGCUCCCUCCCGCCUCACAGGCUCCCUGCCCUCAGCCAGCCUGAGUGACCUUCCUGGCCCGUCGGCCCAGCCCCCUCCCUUCAGGCUUUUGUUUCUCAAAUCUUUCCCUUCCCCCCCUUGUUUUCACACUGAUUCCAUCGUAUCCUCAGACUGGUGAGACUUGUCUCCUGUCACUGCCUGAUUCACCUGGGGCGGGGAAGGGGAUGGACGCAGACCCCCGCGCUCCCCUCAAUCUGGGGCUCAUCCAUCCCUAGGCCACGCUGCUUUCUUGUCAGAAUUCCCUCCCUCUUUGUCCACAUUGGCUCCCUGGUUACCCCCCAGCACACACACUCACACGGUGGAGUCCGGCGCCUCUCCCACAACAGCAGGCCCGGUCUGUGGGACGAGGAGCCAGGGGGCCCGGAUUGUGACUCCGGAGCAGGCCUUGUACCAGGGGCCCUCGGGGGCCCGGCCGCGGAGGUGCCGAGGGGAGACCCGGUCCCUGCUGGGCUUCCCUCGCUGACCAGUCAUGUGGUCAUCAUGGCCUUGUAUCGACAAGACUGGCAGAAGCCGGGCACUCCUGGGCAUCACACGUGGGCCCGGUAACUCGGACACUCGGGGGCCCAGUCUCGGUUCUGUUUGCGGUAGAGAGGAGGCCGGACCCUGGUCCCCAAGGCCCCUUCUGGGUCUCAGCCCCUGCCUCUGAGGGGACGCGGGGCCCGCCCAGCAGACACGGGCGGCACUUUGACCUCUCUCUGUCUCCUAGGAGCUCAUCGACAUGAACCAGCACCACCUCAACGCCAUCGGAGUGGGCCACGCCUCCCUGGACCGGCUCUGCCAGGUCACGGCCUCCCACGGG